AAUACUAUAAGCUCAAAAAGAGUUUUAGUAAUUCUGCUGGGCUCUCUAUUCUAAUAUUCAUCAUCUAAUCCAAUCUGCUUUACUUGCUUGAAUUCCAGCAUCGUUUCAAGUCCAAUGCUUUGACAAGCAGGCUGGCGUGUAAAGAACUGGGUCUGCUAGAGCAGGAGGGUGGCUUCUAGAGAUUUUGUAAGCGUUGAAACAUUUUCAUCAUUAUCUCAGGAAAGACGGACCUAUACAGUCAUGUUGACACCUGACAGCCAUUCAGCACCCCUACAUGCGAGAUGAAGCAGGGAGCUGUUAACACAGGAGUGAGAAUCUGCACAGUGAGGAAUGCUGUUUAACACUAAGCUGCAGCAAAGACUCAAGUUUAAGGGUUUUAGAAAUCCAUGAUUCAAAAUAGGACUGAUAAACGGGGUUUGCUUUUUGAUGCAUUUUCCAGAUCACCUUUCAAUGCUUUUGGGAGACGACUCUGUCAUCGUGAUGCUGCUGUUUACACUAUAAACUGGAACACUUUGGAAUUUUCUCACCACAAUAUACUGCAAAGAAAAGGGAUGACAUCUCAAGACUUCCUUUUACACUGAACACAAACUGUAUAUAUUGAACUACAGACAGAUGCUUUUUAUUGAUUGUAUUAAAUCUCUGGAGUGAUUUAGUCAUUUCGAUGUUCAAUAGAAACGUUUAAUCAAACAGAAGCACCUCAGCCAGCCCAGUUAGGAUUGCAGGCACACACUGAUUGCGACCGCUGUCUAACAAGCAUGCAAUUCAAAGAGGCAGGUUAUUAACCUUGGACAGCAAACAGAAAACACACACCGCGAAACAGAAGGAUGCAAAACCAGUUAAUUAUCAGGGGAAUAUUGGAGGUCGGACAACCACCACAAUAUUGAAUCAUUUACUGCCUACUUUUCCAUGAUGGGUCCCAGCAAUGAGGACUGAUCAAAACAAAAACCUUCUAGAGCUUGUGCUAAAGAAGCAGCUCUGCUAACUCAGGUUAGUACAAGCUCAGCCUCAACCUGGAAACGAGAUCCUCUAUGCUAACUCAGGCCAGCACAAUCCCAGAAACGAGAUUCUUACCUUGGUCCACCAAAACAUGGCAAUCAUCAACGAAUCUGAAAGGCUGUUCUUUCCAACUGGGUUUCCCUUCAACUCCUCCUUGGAGUAUGAAGACUUUGAAUUGGACCCGGAUCCCAGUAAGUUUGUGAUCCCCUCUAUAUACGCCAUUGUCUGCUGCAUUGGACUGACAGGAAACGCCAUGGUCAUCUACGUAAUUUUGAAAUACGCCAAGAUGAAAACGGCCACCAAUAUCUACAUCCUGAACCUGGCCAUCGCUGAUGAGCUGUUCAUGCUGAGUGUCCCAUUCCUUGCUACCUCAGCUGCUCUCCAGCACUGGCCCUUUGGCUCCUUGAUGUGCAGGCUGGUCUUGAGCGUGGAUGGCAUCAACAUGUUCACCAGCAUCUUCUGCCUGACUGUCCUGAGCAUUGACAGGUACAUUGCAGUUGUCCAUCCCAUCAAAGCUGCCAGAUACCGACGCCCCACUGUGGCCAAGAUGAUCAACAUCUGCGUCUGGGUUCUUUCCUUGGUGGUCAUCCUGCCCAUCAUUAUUUUUGCAGAUACAGUCCCAUCCGGGGAUGGUGGUGUUGACUGCAACUUUCUGUGGCCUGAAUCUUCAUGGUCGGAGGCCUUUGUGGUCUACACCUUCCUUUUGGGUUUUCUGCUGCCUGUAGUUGCCAUCUGCCUCUGCUAUUGCCUGAUCGUGGUCAAGAUGCGUGCCGUGGCUCUGAAAGCCGGCUGGCUCCAGAGGCGCAAGUCCGAGAAGAAGAUCACUCGGAUGGUCAUGCUUGUGGUCACCGUGUUCGUCAUCUGCUGGAUGCCCUUUUACAUCAUCCAGCUGCUCAGCGUGUUCCAGAGGCCACCCGACCCGGUCAUCACCCAGCUCUUUGUCAUCUUGAGUUAUGCCAACAGUGGGGCCAAUCCCAUCCUUUACGUCUUUGUGUCGGGCAAUUUCCGUCGCUCCUUCCAGAGGAUCAUGUGCUUUCGGUGGAUGGAGAGCGGUCUGGAUGGGGAGCCGGUGGACUACUGUGCCGUGGCCCUAAAAAGCAAAGUGGUCUGCAGCCCCAAGGAAUUCCAGAAAGACUGCUUGGGCUCUGAGAUGGUCUACAGGAAUGGGACCUGCACUUCUAGAACAACCACCUUGUGAGGAGAGAUUUGCUUCUUUAGGAGAGGGUCGUCCAGUUAGCCAGUCCGUUCUCUCAUAGUCUUAUGGGACCGUUACAAUUUUCAAGACUAA